UGGUUCAUCAAACUUUUAAUGUAUCAUUUACUUAGUAUUUUAUUUACUAAAGUUAUAAUCUGAUGUGUGAAACCAUUCACUGCAAGAUCAAGGAAUGCAGACGUCAUAUGAACGGAAAAACCAUGUGCCAAAGAAAAGAAAACGUUCAGGAAGCACUCCAGGAAAGGAAGAGCGUUAUUCUACCUCCAGUCAGUACAAAUGAGGCUUAUGUUGAUCCAAGAGUUAUUCUACCUCCAGUCAGUACAAAUGAAAUCAGUCGCAUAAACAGAGCUCUUCAGGCCGCAAGAUUUAAACGAACAGCAUGGAUUGAAGGUCGAGCUGAAAUUAACUAUCAAAAAGCUCCUUUCUGGUAUUUCACAUGCUCCAACUGUCAUGAACCCACUGACUACACAGGAAUCCUGGACAUUAAUUGCCACUAUUGCAGAGUGAAAAUCAACCCCUCUCCUAGAGCUUUCAUUGCACUUACCAUACUUGAUGCCACUGGAAAAAUGGAUACACUUGCCUUGGGAGAAGAAGCUGAAAAAUUGAUGUCCAUUCAAGCUACUGAACUAACCGAGAUAAACAAUCAGAGCAAAAUUAGGGCGUCAUCAAAUCUUAGAAUCAGCAGUCGUCUCCCUCUUCUGCUGCUCCAACUCCAGCAAAGGCUUUGCAAGAGAUAUUUUCAGAUCCAGCCGUCGCCCUUUUUUCUUCUGUUCUAAUUCGAGCGCUUUUGCUAGAGCAUGUCGCGAACAACAGAGAAAGGGAUAAGUGAGAGACUUUCCUUCAGCUGUAUUUUUUGAAAGCAUGAAAGAAAAACAACAGGAAACCUCGUGGUGUGCUUCAUGCAAACGGCUGGUUAUGCGGAUCCAAUGUUUUAUUCUUUCAAGUCUUUUCCAAUUCGGAAAUUGAUUCACCAUUCUUCAAGCAAGCUUAAACCGAAAGAGGAGUUUCUCUGGCGUGAGAUAAAGGAUGCAUCUGAUGCAUGCACCCCACAUUACUUUGCAAUGAGGUUCAUUAAAGCUGGAGGUUUGGUCUAUGCUGUUGGUGGUGUGAAGGGCGAUGAGGAAGAGAGGCACUUGUUUGAGCCAGGCAGACUGCCCCGAGAGUUCAGUUGCAUCUCUCUCACAACUCCUCUAGAAAACUCUCGAGCAGAGAUUAAGUGCCCAAUGCAUGGGGCAAAGUAUUGCCCCCUUAUAGAGGAAAUUGAUGGUCGCAUCUAUGUCCUAUCUGGGCCCCUGCCCAACUAUGGAUCCCCUGAUAUAGUUGACAUCGGCUUUGAGGUUUAUUAUCCUUCAGAGGAUAGGUGGGCUGAUCUGCCGAUUCCUCCUUUUCUUGAAAAAGGUAGUUACUCCGAGAUGUUUAGGUGCUUCUUUUCAUAUGUAGUGAUUGGUUCAAGGUUGUGUGUUUCGACUGGGGAAUAUGCGUGUGCUUUUGACACUGUCCAGUGGGAAUGGGAGGCUUGUGAGUUAUUUUCUGAUUUCCCUCUUCAACCUACCGAACAUUAUGUGCGACAUCUAGAUUUCAACCUACCGAACAUUAUGUGCGACAUCUAGAUGGUUGCGGUCCUCCAUUUCCUUUUCAGAAAAAAGCCACCCUAUAUAAAGACAAUUUCAUUUUGUGCAUUAUAUCUGCCUUCCAUCCUCCUGUCAGUGCCUUUCAAAUUUCUGAUGAGAAAGCGGUAAAAAUGCCCCUUUUAUUAGAUGGCAUGCCAUAUGAAGUUGCUGUUGAUCUUGUUGAUUUAGGAAAUGAUUACUUUGCUGUAAUGCUUUUUGAAGAUGAAACAGAUAGACGUGCCAAAGAUCUGACAAUUGUCAUUUUCAAGCUGCUUUCAGAAAGAGGGGGAGAUGGAGCUCUGAGUUGUGCAUUGGUAGGUACGAGGACUUGUAAUGCAACAGAGAAUGGCUAUACUAUGUGUCUCAUCUAUUCCUUCAUAUUGUAAGUUAACAAAGAUUCCACAACUUGCACACACCCGUUAUGCUGCAGCACUCUGAUGAUUGAGGUAGAGAGUGCCAUGUGUCAAAAUGGUUUUCUUCUUCUCUGUGUGUGGAAGUUCACUUGGUAUUUCGUGCCAGAGCACAUGUGGCUGAAGAUUUAGAGACUUUGAAGCAUUCAUGUCGAUUUUUAAGUACAGGGUAGGCUUUUUUCUUUUUUGUUUUGGGUGUACUUGGAACUUAUUAGUGUGAACGAUUGCUUAGUACAUUUUGUUAUUUUUAUUCUAUGCUUGUAAUUUAGGAGCAUCUGUCAUGAAC